GGUGGAUCGAUUGUUAGGUCAACGCAGUUUACUGAAAUAUCUAACGAUUUGUUGAGGAACAACUGUUAAUGUUUACAAAUGUUUGUUGAUGCUGUACAACAACAACUUGUAACGAUUUUAAUGUGAUGGAGUGGUCUAAAGACAAAACUUUGAAGUUGAUUGAGCUUUUACAAUUGAAUGCUAGUCUUUGGAAUCCUUCUUUAUGCGAAACUCGUAGAGACAAACAAAAAAGAAAGGAAGAACUGCGAACUAUAUCCGAUAUUUUGGGCAUAUCAGUACCUGAUACCACAAAAAAGAUUCAGCAUUUGCGAACACAGUACAACAGAGAGUCUGCAAGAGAAGCUCGUGCUUUAGCCGAAGAUCCUAACGACAGAUAUAUCAGCAAUUGGUAUGCUUUCGAAUAUUUGCACUUUAUGAAGGAUUCCAGCAAACCAUAUCGUGUGCUAACUCAGGAACUUGCUGCUGACACAAGUAAUGUAUCAACACAUUCUGAAAAUUCGAUUGGUGAAUGUAAACUUGACAGUUUAUCACCACCACAUAAAAUAAGUAGAACAGAUUCUGUGAAUUCUCUUAAAGUGUAUCCAAUUCCAAAUCUACCGAGAAACAGAGACGAGUUUGCAGUGUUUGGGGAAUACAUUGCUAAUGAAUUAAGAUCUUUAAAAGGGGAGAAAAAUUUAUUAGUUGCAAAGAAAAAGAUACAAGAUGUGAUAUUUGAAGUUAAGAUGGGCAUGAUCUGUGAUACAAAGACCGAACCAAAUUCUUCUUGUACAGUGUACACUCACUCAACCCAACCUCUCAACACAAAUCCGAUGCAUGGUGGUAACCCAUAUACAACCCCAGUAAUGAGUACAACUACACACAUUGAACCUUUGCCAUCUCAUAACCCACCUACUUCUGGCAUUAGUGAAAUAAUCAUUAAUAGUGCUUGCCACUAUUCAAAUUUCAAAGUAGACAGUCAAUAGCAUUAACUUCCACCUCCUAAUAGGGAAGUGGAUAUAAUUUAAAGAAUUUUGUAUAAUCUACUUUUUUAAUCAUUAUUCAUUAGGAAUAUAUUAUUCAGUAUAGCACUGUGAAUGCAGAAUUUGAUCAAAAAUAAUAAAUAAAUGUUAUUAAAUUCUGCUUUUGCAGUUCACUUUAGCCGUCUUUAUAAAUUUUGUACAUAAUAAUAUAUGUAACUAUUUUAAUCAACAAAAAAAAUAUUUAUUGUUGGUUUUAAAGUCAAGUUGAAAUGUAAUUCCAAUUCACUUUUAAGGUGGUUAGACUGUAAUACCUUUUUUAAUUUACUUACUCCAAUAAUAGAUAUAUGUGAAAUAAUAAAAUUCUGUACCAAGAUAUAAAGCUUUGCAAGCUGGUAAUUUUGUAUUAGUAUUAUAUUAUCUUGUGUGUAUUAUAAAGUAGGAAAAUUAUAUUUUAAGAUGCUUUACAAUAUCAUUGUGCUUGACAUAAAAUUAUAAUAUUUGUUGUUUGAUCUCAACUCAAAACACUGAUUUCCAUUUGAAAAUAAAUCUUUUUGAAG